AUGUCGCUGUUUGUCCGAGUCCAGGGCCCGACGGCGCAUGGCGCGUUGUGGCGACUGAGUCCGUCGCACAUGCUGGCGAUGCUUUCGUUCUUUGCGCGGCAGUGGGGCGAGAUUUCGUACGUGUCGUUCCCGCGCGCACGCGGACAAGGCCGUCUGCUGGGCUAUGGCACUGUGACGUUUGCCGACGCCAAGAGUGUGCCGCGAGUGCUGCAGGCUGCGGCGCAGCAGCAUGGACGAUUGCGCAUCCCGUUCUCGACGCAGCUAGAGGAUCCGGAGUCUAUUGCGUACGCCAGUCUGGCGGAGUGCGAUCGAGCGCUGACAGCCUCGCCGUCGCUUCGCGAUAGUGUCGCGAUGCAUGCGCCGCUGGCGCCCAGUGCAAAGAAUACGUCGUAUGAUUGCUUCUACGUGAAGGUUGAGCGAAGUGAGAAGCCCUUUCCACAGGCGCCUAUGCGGCGCCCCACACCCCUUGUGCGCAAGUUUGACGGCUUCAGUGGGCAGUGGGCAGAGCGCGUCGCGUACUGGGCCAAGAAGCGCUAG